CCUGCAGAUUCCAACCGGAAGUGUUAGUUUGCACCGGAAGCCGUGAACUCCUGUGUUUAGCUCAACGUGAAGAGAAAGCUGUAAACACUCGUCUUUGUUUUCCUCCUUCAAACAUCAACCAAUCAAUCGAUCGAUCGAUCACCACCGCUCCAGACGCGACGAUGUUCAACAGACAGACGAGCCUGUGGAUGGGGGACUUGGACCCAUACAUGGAUGAGAACUUCAUCAAGCAGGCCUUUAGUGCCAUGGGAGAGUCGCCAUUUGGAGUCAAGAUCAUCACUCACAGGACAACAGGUGGUUCUGCAGGAUACUGCUUUGUGGAGCUGGCAGAUGAGGCAAGUGUUGACCGCUGCGUUCAAAGACUUAAUGGAAAACUGGUUCCAGGAUCAAAUCCGCCCCGGAAGUUUAAGCUAAACUAUGCCACCUACGGGAAACGGCCAGAGGCAGGGCCAGAGUUUUCAGUGUUUGUAGGCGACUUGGCCUCUGAGGUGGACGACUUCCAGCUGCACCAAGUUUUUAAGAAGUAUCCUUCCUGCAAAGGAGCCAAAGUCGUCACCGACCAGUACGGAUACUCCAGAGGUUACGGUUUCGUCAAGUUUGGGGAGGAGGGCGAGCAGAAGAAGGCGAUUGAGGAGUGCCAGGGAACAAUGCUCGGUGGAAAGCCGCUCAGACUCAGUAUUGCUGUGGCAAAGAGCCAAAAGAUGAGCAGCUACCACGGGGGCCAGGGCCAGAAUUACCACAGCAACUACAACCAGUCGCAGUCCAAUUAUUACGGCAGCCAAAGCGGUCAGGGGGGUUACUACCCUCAGUGGGGGGGCUACGAUCAGUACGGUGGCUAUAACAACAGUGGCUAUAACAGCGGAUACAACAGUGGCUACAACUACAACUAUGGGCCCUAUGGAUACCCUCCACCAGGUCAAAUGAUGCCACCGCCUCCUAUUGGGAUGCCACCCACGUCCACAGACACGUCAGGAGCAGUAGAGACCCACGAGGAGACUGAGGAUUUAGAGGAGGAUAAUGCAGAAGAGCCCACCUCUGCCUGUGACGUGGACCAGUGGAACAAAGACUUCAUGCAGCGCAGCGAGGAGCUCUACGACGCCAUGAUGAACUGUCACUGGGAAACUCUGGACUCUGUUGAGUCCACCGUCACCUCCCUUCCUUGAUAACGUCUUUAUUUUAUAUUUGGAUUCUCCCAAACCCUUGAAUACAUUUCUUUUUCUACUCCCCUAUAUCUAAAGCGACACUGACGCCUUAUAAAGGCCACUUUAGUUCACUGAGAUUUACAUGUUCCUCUUCAGAUCCUUAAAGUGCGUACACCUUCAGUGGAGUUUAAUGUUUACCAUGUUGGUAAUAUACAGAAGGUGGCUCACUAAUCAGAGAGGUUACUGUGUGGUCCACACCAUUUGGUAUGAAUUUAUUAGUGUAGGGAUGAAGUGCUGGCGUUGCCCUCUGUGCUGUGGACUGCCACAGUAGCUGCAGUAAGGUAAACUGAACGCUGUGUGUCAAUCUAGCCGCUUUCACACAUGAACUCUGGAACGUGUCUUGACAAUAGGAGCUGGACAUUCUCUGGAGUUUGCUUUUCACAUAACAGAAUGCAGAAGCGGAGAUUAUCUGGCCAGACGUGUUCAGAACCAACAUGGUUUGUUUACAGGUCCUAAACAUUGGCGUUGGCCUGUAUACCGAAAAGCUCAAUCUUUCCAAAUUGGCAUCUUCUACAUGUAUGAAAUCACUUCUUCCUCCUGAGAUAUUUAAAUUUUAUUUUAAAUUUUUUGCGUCCUUUAUGUGUUAGAAAGUGUCAUCAAGGCACCCACUCACUCCAAGGUUUUACUAGGGGCCUGGCAGGAAAAACUCCAGAGAUUGUGCAGAGGCCACAUGCAGCCCCAACUGAAACAUGGAGGAGAUUAUACAGAGUUUGGUGCAUUUUUAAAAGCAGAUCAUAUCACCAUUUAAUGUCACAGAGGAAUAAAUGCAACUUGUCACCUAUUGUUUGUGGCUCCAUGUGGAAAUGGUCUCACCAGCAGAUGUUAACUAAGCUCAGUGAAUAUGGCCCAAGCUCUUUAGGUAGAGAUCUUCUUUUGAAGAAAUGAAAUGAAAACUAUACCUUUGUCAUUUGCCAUGAACUACAAUAGAUUUUAAGAGUCGGUAUGCUUUGUUUUUAAUGAAGGAACUGUCCUGGGUUUGUUAAAAAAAUUCUGAAUUAAUGAACAUUAUCUGAGUUGUAUUGCGGAAAACAUUGACACAUGUUUAUAUUCAGUUUACCCAACAGAUAUCAAACCGAAGUAUAAUUUAUGACUGUUUUCCAGAAAAGGAACUGACUUUACAGAUGAAACAGAUGAAUGGUACAACCUCCUAAAACUUCUGUGUCAUGAUUUUGUGAGGUAGACAGUUGAUUUGAUGUAGCAGAUGUUUUGUAUGUUUUUUCUGUGAAUACAUUCUAUGAAAAAAACAAAAACAAAUGU